AAAGCGCUAAAAAAGGCCUCAUUCUAACCCUGCCGUUCCCGACAUUUGGCAUGUCUGUCAGCGAAAAACCUUCGGUUCCCGAUGGCUCAGUGGCUCCGGUUUCGGAAGGCUCCACCACCGAGAAUAUGCCGGAUGCGCUGAAAAAGCCGGAGCGCGAGAAGUGGGGCAGCAAGUGGUCGUUCAUCCUGUGCUGCAUCGGAUAUUCCGUGGGGCUGGGCAAUGUUUGGCGAUUCCCGAAGUUGGCCUAUGAGAAUGGAGGAUUAGCCUUCCUGCUCCCCUACUGGAUCUCGGCGAUGAUCUUCGGCCUCCCGGGCCUCUUCUUCGAGUACCUGAUCGGCCAGUGGACCCAAAGCUGUGCCCCGCAGGCCUUCCGGAAGAUGGCGCCGCUUUUCCAGGGCCUCGGCUGGACAAUGUGCGUGACGGCGCUGAUCAUCUCGCUCUACUACAACGUGAUCGUCGCUUGGGUGCUGCUGUACAUCAUGGAGGUGUUCAAGAUCCCGGUCUCGGGCAAUGUUCAUAACAUUCUCGACCUGACGGGUUCCAUCGACGACGCGGGCGGGUUCAGCGUCUCGAUCCUCAUCGCCCUCGGCGUCGUCUGGGCCCUCACCUGUUUGGCGAUCAUGUUCGGCGCCAAGAUUAUGGGCUACACGGCGUAUUUCACCGGCACGGUUCCGUACGUCCUGAUCGGAAUCAUCUUCGUACGAGGCGUCACCCUGGACGGGGCUUAUGAAGGUGUCUACUUCUACAUCCUGGACCCGAAGUGGGAGAAGCUGCUCAAUAUGAAGACUUGGGCUGAGGCGAUCAGUCAGUGCUGCUUCAGCCUGUCGCUCGGGUUGGCUGGGUUGCUGAACAUGGCCUCGUACAACGACAGGAAGCACAACUCUUUCCGGGACGCCUUGAUCCUCGUCUUUGCCGACUCGUUCAUGUCCGUCUUUGGGGGCAUCGGUGUCUUCGCCAUUCUUGGCUUCGUCGCCAAGUCCACAGGGAAAAGCGUGGACCAAGUCGUUGCCGGAGGAAUGGGCCUCGCCUUCAUCGCUUACCCGGAGGCUGCCUCCCUGAUGCCGAUGGGCUGGGUGUUCGCCCUCGUCUUCUUCCUGAUGUUGUUCAUCAUCGGAAUUGGCACCCAAUUUGUCCUCGUCUCCGCUCUCCCUUCCGCCAUAGUCGACGCGUUCCCGAACUUCAUGGGCGGCAAGGGCAAGAUGAACGGCAUGUACUGGCUCGACGUCAUGGACACGUUCGGCGGCAGCGUCGUCAUCCCCCUCAGCUCGGCCAUCGCCGUCAUCAUGACCUGCUACAUUUACGGGCUCCGCAACUUCCUCGACGACAUUGGCGAGAUGUUCGGCGAGCGGCGCAACUGGUUCAGCACGUACCUGAUCGGCACCCGAUCCUACUACUUCACCAUCUGCUGGCUGGUCACCGUGCCGAUUUUGGGCCAUUUCGUCUUCGGCUACAAGAUACUCGAUAUAUUCGAGCGGAUCUUCGCGCCCAAGCCCGAAUAUCCGACAUGGGCGUACUGCUUUGGAAUCGCCAUCAUCCUCUUCCAAUUCUCGCCGUUCAUCUUCUUCGCCAUCCGCAAUAUUAUCAAGGCGUCCGAGAAGGGCGAGCCAAUCCGCAGCCUGCUGCGCGUGCAGCCCGACCACCCCUCCUACAAGCGCAUCAUGGCGCUGAACGCCGCGCAGACGCCGGCGGGCGAAAGCCAGAUCGAGUCGCCGUCGGGUGUGGAGAAGGCGGAUAAGUCGACGAAUGUCAACUUGUCGCAAAAAUCGGCCUCCAAAUCUGGCUCUGGGGAUCCGUGUACUUUCACGUCUACCCGGUUCAAUGACUGCACUGCCUGCUGCCAGAAGAACUUCCCCCGUCAAUUCUGGGGAUCGAUGCGCACCUCCUUCACCCAGCUACGUGGCCAGAGCGCCUGCACCUGCUGCAGCACCUCUUUCUGCCGAGGA